CGGGAUGCGGAGUUUGGUGAGAAGAGAGAAGGAUUACAUCUGCAAAAAUGGUCGAGGCUUUCUGCGCAACAUGGACACUGGUGGAGAGUCGGAACUUUGAUGACUACAUGAAGGCACUAGGAAUUCCUUUUGCCACAAGACAAGUGGGCAAUGUUACCAAACCAGCAACAAUAAUCAGCAUGGACGGGGAUAGAGUGGUGGUUAAAACCCAGAGCAGAUUCAGGGCCACUGAAGUCUCGGGCAAACUUGGAGAGGAGUUUGAUGAGACUACAUCUGACGACCGAAAAGUAAAGUCUACCUUUACCAUGGAGGGAGACAAAUUGGUGCAUACACAGAAGUGGGAUGGGAAAGAGACCAGAUUGAUUAGAGAAAUCAAGAAUGGAAAGAUGGUGAUGGUGUGAUGCGAACUGUGACCUUUGCUCAUGUACUCUGUGACGAUGUAGAUGGGUUCUUCGGACACGACGGCGUAGAGCUGCACCAGUUUAUCGUGUCGGAGCUUCUUCAUGAUCUG